UGGUCUCGGUCGGUGCCUGUGAAUUUCAAUCGCUGGAGGGUCGCUCUUGGUGCAGACACCGGGCGAAGCUGCCGGUCCGGGACCUGAGAUCCCGACACCCCCUAGCUGGCCCCGAGGCUACCACCUCCGCCCGCCCAGCAGCAGCGUCUCAGCCCGGGGCUGGAGGGUCCCGGCGCCCCGCGCGGCGAUGAAUGAGCCGCGCCAGGAGCCGGGGAGCGGCGGGGCUGCACCGGCGCCAGGUCCCGGAGCAGCGGAGUGAAGCGGCGGCAGCAGGAGGAUGAAGCUGCCGGGCCGGGCCGGGCUGGGCUCCCUGGCCGCGCUCUGGCUCCUGGUGCUGGGGCUCUGGACCGGCUUGCAGCGGCCGCGGGAGCAGGAGCGGCGCUUCCCUGCGGGCACAGCCGGCCGGGGGCUGCCCCAGGAACUGCGGGGCUGGGAGCGCGGCGGCCCCGGAGCUGCGGCUCCCGCCCCCAGCCCGCCGGGGCAGGGCGAGUCCCGCGGCGCCCAGAAAACUUUCCGAGCGCUGCUCACGCUGCCGGCCGCCGGGGAUAGGGGCGAGCCCCUGGAGGGGCUGGAGCAGCCCGCAGAGAGCUCGCAGCCGGAGCCCCGGCAGAGGCAGAACUUAGAGCCUGGUUCCAGGGAGCCGCUGGCCCGGGAGGCGCCCGCGGACCCCGCCUCCCCAGUGCAAGGGGGCAUCUUCUGGAGCCGAGCGCUGGAGCAGCAGGUGCCCCCGGGCUUCGACCCCCAGCAGGCGGCCUCGUGGUUGGAGACAGCCCGGGCUGCUCGCGUCGCCUCCCUGGAGCGGGGCGGGUGCGGCCGCAGCUCCAACCGGCUGGCUCGGCUGUCGGACGGGAGUCGCGCCUGCGUCCGCUACGGCAUCAACCCGGAGCAGAUCCAGGGCGAGGCGCUGUCCUACCGGCUGGCCCAGCUGCUGGGCAUCCAGCAGCGCCUGCCGCCCAUGACCUUGGCCCUGGUGGAAGCCCGCGGCAGGCAGUGGGGGCAGGUGCGGGACGAGCUGCGGGGCUCGCACUGGGCCGAGGGGGCGGUAGUCAGCCUCACCCAGUGGGUGGACAAUUUGACCGACGUGGUGGCCCCCGCUCCCUGGAGAUCCGAGGCGGGGUCGGGCAGGAGAUUGCAACCUCUGGCCGCUGGGGAACUGGGCGGCCUCACCCAGUCCCAGCUGGUGGAGCUGGUGCAGUGGACCGACCUGAUCCUCUUUGACUAUCUGACGGCCAACUUUGACCGGCUGGUCAGCAACCUCUUCAGCCUGCAGUGGGACUCCAGGGUGAUGCAUCGGGCCACCAGCAACUUACACAGGGCACCCAGCGGGGGCCUCGUCUUCAUAGACAACGAGGCGGGCCUAGUGCACGGCUACAGGCUCCUCUCCAUGUGGGACAAGUACAACGAGCCCUUGCUCCGCUCCGUGUGCAUCUUCCGGGAGGCCACUGCCCAGCGGGUGCGGGACCUGCACCGCCUGCAGAACGCAGCCUCGGAGCUGCUGAGACUCUACCGGACUCACGAACCCCUUUCCGGCCGGCUGGGCUUCCUGUCCGAGCAGCAGGCGCAGCUGCUGCAGGACAGGAUAGACUUUGUCCACAAGCACAUUUUGCACUGCAAAGCCAUGACCACUUCACUGUGAUCAGUUUGUCUCUACUGUCCUGUAUUUAUGUAACCCGAGAGUGAAAAGUGGGUUUUCCCCACUAACCUUUUUGCAGUUGUAACAUGUUCUGGGACUUCCUAAAUAGGAGACUAAAAUCAUUCAUUCAGGAGCCAGUUUCCUCAUGGGAAGGAGGAGUAAGCUAGUGGGUUUAGUACAGGACUGGGACUUCCUGGUGGUGGUGGUGGUAUAAAGGGCCCAGCUUCCUCAUCUCUGGCUGCAGAGGUCUUUUUAAUGGUCCGUUUAGUUGAGUGCUUAAAGGACCAGUCCUGUGAGACACUGGAGUCCCCUCUGCUCUUUUUUGACCUCACAGGGAGUCGAAUGUACUCAGCUACCUAGGAGAGUCACUGAAGUACGAUUGGGCCCUCUACAUGGCUUUAGAUGCCUCAAUUUAAUCUGAAUAUUCUUUGCCCCAUGAAUUACUGUUGUUGGGCUCUGGGAAGGGACCCUAAAACAUCUGCUUCUGCUCACUGCGUCUGUGAAGCCUGGGUGAUAAUACUUACCUGCCUGCCUGGCAGGGCUUUUGUGAGGAGUAAUUAGUUAAUGUUUCUAAAGCGUUCUGAAGAUGAAAACUGCCAUCAGUACUAUUAGAUUUCUUUGUAUUAGUUCCACACUGAGUCCCUUUCCAGAAUUUAAAAAAAAACAUGGCUCUUAAGUAUUUCCCUUAACUCACUCAGUACAACUGCCCACUUACAAGAGAGUGUACAAAAACUAUUGUCCUUAACUGGACUGCGAUCAAUUACCUUUCUCCUAAUGGAGGCAGGCAGGUAAACUUAUGUAUUUUGUUAUGAUCAUUUAUUUAAAAAAAACUGACAUUCAUAGACUAAGAACUGAUUGCACAGAGCAGGAGCCCUUGACUAGCAACACUGUCCCAUCCAUGGAGGCUCUUUUCCUAUUGGCGUCUCUAUCCAGAAUUUAUCUAUUAACUGUUUGUUAAUCUUGUCAGUGAAAAGUAUACAGAGAGUUGAUAUUCCAGUGUUCGUCAUCUUUGUUGUUGGAAGCAUCUGGUUAACCUGAUUCAGGUUAUAAGUGUCUGUUAUUUCUAAUCAUUUGGUUUGAAUGCUAAAAUAACUGACUAAUGGGUGGGUGAAAAGAAAUCAUCCCAGGAUUUUAAAUAUUGUUAUUGUACUAAGACUUUGGACACAUUAGUCAAAUUGGGGGAAAAUCAGUUUCAUGCACUUUACUUUGACUUUUUAUUUUUAUAAGAAGACUUUUAUUUUACAAAGUCUGCCUUUUCUGUACAUUAUGUAUGUUCAUAAGUUCUUCUGUAACAUACAAAAGAAACUGAUAUUUCAGUAAAAGGGUGUUAAUGUUUUA